UCACACGGUCACGUCAGGACUCGUCUCCACCCUCUUCAACCGUUCAACCCAGAGAGAGAGAGAGAGGGUCCCCACUCCCACGACGCGAUCAGCAAGCCCCGAAACCCUAGGCCCCGUGAGCAGGGCAGCGCUAGGACGCCGCGAAACGAGCGAGGCCGCUUGGUCAACAGCCGGCACUAAGGGGAAUCUCCUCCGAAGCGCGUGUGACACUGAGAUUUGCGGCCUCGAACGGAAGAGAUGGGUUGGGGAAUAUCCAGGUUGAUUGGACUGAAGGCUGCUGUCCUGCUUUCUGUGGCAUAUUUUUUCCAUGGACUUGGAGUGACCCUUAUCUCAUUUCCUCUCAUAUAUGCAUCCAUGAUUGCAAUGCUAAUCUCCAUAGCUUCCCAUCCAGCGAUUGAUCUUCCUUUACUCCUUGGCAAGGCAUCUGAUGGAAGCUUUCCUUUGUGGUCAUGGAUCAUGUUCUCGCCAUUUCUUCUUUUCAUUCACAUGUUUGUGCUGCUACGAAGAUUUGUGAAAAAUGAGCCCCUGUACACUGAGAUUGUGGAUGGAGUGUUUGUUGGGGGAUGGCCUUCUUCAGUUGAACACCUGCCACCAUGUGACCCUGCAGUCAUAGAUUGCACAUGUGAGCUGCCAAAAAGCCCGACUCUAUCUAAAAAUGCAUAUCUUUGCGUUGCUACUUGGGAUACAAGGGCUCCUCAGCCAUCACAGAUUGAGUCUGCGGUGCGAUGGGCUAUGAGAAAGCGAUCGCAGAACAAGGCUAUCUAUGUCCACUGUGCCUAUGGUCAUGGCAGAAGCGUCUGUGUGAUGUGUGCACUUCUUGUUGCACUAGGAUUGGCUGAAGAUUGGAAAGCUGCUGAGCAUAUGAUUCGUGAGAAGCGGCCCUGUAUUAGGAUGAACACUCUUCACCGCAAAAGCUUGGAGGAAUGGUCGAAACAUUUGCUCCCCUCUUCAAAAAGAAGUGGGGAAUCAGAUGUGAGUUCUGUUAUCCAUUCAGAUUAUAACCGAAAAUGAAACCCAGAAGAAACAGGAUUGUUCAGUAACUGUGAUAUGUUAAGAUGGACUGUACCAUUCUGUACAUUUGUUUACUGCUUCCUGGUAAAUGUCCAUUGGUCAUUCUCUAAGUUAUCCCUUUGUGGGAAGUAUGUUGUGUGAACUAUAUGUAUAAGUUUUACUACUGUAUGUGCACUGAUGGAAUGCUUGCCAGACAAGUGCUGUUGUCGAACCCUUUUCUUCUUCUGAGGAAAAAAAUCCCUGCUAGGCUGAUGGGGUCUCAUUUAUAGCUAAA